GCUGUCACGGACAGCUCACUGCCUUCACUAACGUGGACCAAAGCAGGUGAGGGUAUAAACAAUAAACUGGUGCGGCAGGGCCUGACCUCCAACAUCAUCCCUCCACACGUACUCCUGUGUUGCAGGCUCCUGUAGCCUGGACCCCAAUUCAGAUCCUACCCUUAUAGGAAGUGUCCCCAUGGCUGACUGCCUGCAAAGUGUGGGGUGGGCACCCCCCUCCAUGCUUGGAGGUCCAGGCUGAGCCAGGGGACAUGGAGCUGCUUCCAGCACGGGUGAAGUGAUGGGGCGGAGUGGGCAGGCCAGGGUGCUGGGGAUGGUGCUGUUAUGGAUGCCCUUGCAUACUCAGCCAUGUGGGGGCUAACCUCUGACCUCGCCUCCCACUGCCUCCAAGGCAACUAGGACAGUCCAAUCAGGGCCUUUGUCUUUGUUACCAGGUUGUAGCUGCCAUGGUGACAGGAUGCAAACAAUAACAGACAGAGCAGGAACAUGGAGCCUGCACCUGUCCUGGCAAUGGCACCUGGGAAGAGGGCCAGGAGCAGGCCUGUCUCUAUGCUCCAACAGAUCCUGAAGGAGGAGGAGCUGCUGGCAAAGGUGGAGGACUACAAGAAGCUGGUGCAAAGGUGGGAGCAGGAGCGGCAGCAGGCACUGCAGUGGGUACAGCAGGAGCAGCGGUCCCUGGUCGCAGGCUGGCGGCAGCUCCGCCGUGGCCUUGCAGAGGAGCUGCGCCUUGCCAGCAAGGAGCUCAUGCUGGUGCGGCGCGCAGCCCUGUGCUCCCUGCUCCAGCAAGAAAGGCUGCAGCAUCAACAGGAGCUGGCACGGCUCGGCUGGGCUUUCUACAUGGAGCGGCUCUGAGCACCCAAGAAACCCCCUCCCAGUGCCAGCUGCGUGCGUGGAGUUAUACUGGGGCAAGCAGCAGGAGGGGCCUUCCUGGGGGCCCUGUCACAGCAGGGAUCAGAGGGGCGCAGAGUGACAGCAGUGGCAAGGCAAGCUGCCCAAGGGCUCAGGCACUGCAUUCACAGGUGUGGGGGUGUCCAUUUCCACCCCUCCACACACACUGUCUCCAGAUCCACAGCCUUCAUCACAUCCCAGCACUUCCCCCUCGCUCAUCAGAGCCAAGCCAUGCUCUAUGAACCAGGAGCAGCUAUGGACAAUGCACAGUCGGAUGCUCAUAGAGAUCCUGUCACUCCUCUGUCUUGUCAUGAAUGUGUCAGCUAAUUACCAUUAAAUCAGGGCCAGGAGGCUUCUCAGUUC